CCAGGCUGGGAGAGCUGGGGGUGCUCAGCUGGAGAGGAGAAGCUCCAGGGAGAGCUCAGAGCCCCUUGCAGGGCCUGAAGGGGCUCCAGGAGAGCUGGAGAGGGACUGGGGCCAAGGGCUGCAGGAAUUGCCAGGAGCCAGGGAAUGGCUUGAGAGGCCAUGGCUGAGCGGGUGCUGGUGAUCGGCAGCGGAGGCAGGGAACACGCCCUGGCCUGGAAGUUGGCCCAGUCCCCGCAGGUCAAACACGUGUUUGUGGCUCCAGGAAAUGCAGGGACAGCUGAAAAUGGAAAAAUCUCCAAUUCAGCUGUAUUAGUGAGCAAUCACACUAUUGUUACCCAGUUCUGCAAAGAUCAUAACAUUGGGCUUGUGUUAGCUGGCCCAGAAGCUCUUUUGGCAGCUGGGAUUGUGGAUGACCUGAGGGCAGCAGGAGUUCGGUGCUUUGGGCCGUGUGCCAGGGCAGCCCAGCUGGCCUCCAGCAGCAGCUCCAGCAAAGCCUUCCUGGAGCGACACGGGAUCCCCACGGCGCGCUGGAAAGCCUUCAGCAACCCCCAGGAGGCCUGCAGGUUCAUCACCAGCACAGACUUCCCUGCACGGGUGGUGCGGGCACGGGGUCCAGCGGCCAGGAAAGAAGUGACCAUUGCAGCCAGCAAGGAGGAGGCCUGCAGAGCUGUCCAGGAGAUUAUGCAGGACAGAAUGUUUGGAGAAAUGGUUGUUAUUGAAGAACUGCUUCAAGGGGAAGAACUUUCUUGCUCCUGUUUCACCGACGGUGUCACCGUGGCCUCCGUACCCCCGGCUCAGCCCCACAAGCGGCUGCUGGAGGGGGAGCAGGGUCCCAGCACGGCGGGGAUGGGAGCCUAUUGCCCCGUGCCCCAGGUUCCAGAAGCUCUUCUAGAUCAAAUCAGGGGUGCAGUCCUCCAGCACGUCGUGGACAGCUUGAGACAAGAAGGAGCAGCCUAUGUAGGUGUGCUGCAAACAGGUUUGAUGCUGACCAAAGAGGGGGUGAAGAUUUUAAACUUUAAAUGCCAGUUUGGGGACCCCCAGUGUCAGGUAAUCCUUCCUCUGCUUAAAAAUGAUUUUUAUGAAGUGAUUCAAGCAACAAUUGAUGGCAAACUCUGCAGCUGCAUGCCAGCCUGGUGGGAGGACAGAAGUGCUGUGUGUGUGGUCAUGGCCAGCCCAGGAUACCCAGGAGACUCUGACAAAGGCAUGGAGGUCACAGGGCUUUUGCAAGCCAAGGAGCUGGGGCUGCAGGUGUUCCACGGGGGCACGGCGCUGAAGGACGGCAGGGUGGUGACCAGCGGUGGCAGAGUCCUGUCCAUCACUGCUGUCAGGCAGGACCUGAUGGAAGCCCUGGGAGAAGCCAACAGGGGCUUGGCCACCAUCCACUUCCAGGGGGCCACCUUCAGGAGGGACAUCGGGCACCGGGGCCUGCGGCUGCUCCGGCAGCCCCUGGCCCUGGUGUACAAGGACAGACACGUGGGGACUGAAACCAGGGACGUUUGGAGCUGUCUGCCACAAACAUCGGCUGUGAGAGGCACCAGGGCAGGAGGCCGCUCAGAAGGAGGAGGCUUUGCUGCUUUCUUUGACCUGAAGGCAUCUGGUUACCAUGAUCCCAUCCUGGUGUCCCAGACCAAGGGCCUUGGACCCAAACUGCAGGUUGCCCAGGUCUGUAAAAGACACGACACCAUCGGGCAGGACCUGGUGGCCCUGUGUGUCAAUGAGCUCCUGGCUCAGGGGGCUGAGCCCCUCUUCUUCCUCAGUCACUUGGCCUGUGGCAAACUCGAUGCUGAAGUGAUGGAAACAAUCAAAGAAGGAAUAGCUGAGGCUUGCAGGAGUGCAGGAUGUGCUUUCCUGGGUGAGGAGGUGACAGAGGAGGCUCCGUGUCCCUCUGGGCCCUGGGCCCUGGCCGGGUUCGCGGUGGGAGCAGCGGAGCGGGGCCAGAGGCUGCCGGGGCUGCAGCGAGCUGAGGAGGGGGACGUGCUCCUGGGGCUGGGCUCUCCCGGCAUCCACGGCCGCGGCUUCGGCGUCGUGAGGAGGAUCCUGCUGACAUCCUCCCUGCGCUGCUCCUCGCCAGCCCCGGGCAGCUGCGGGCACGGCACUCUGGGAGAUGUUUUGCUGACCCCAGGGAAAAUGUUCAGCCCAGCUCUGCUGCCUGUCCUUCGCUCAGGGCACGUGAAGGGCUGUGCCCCCACGGCUGAGGGGCUCCUGGGGGGCAUCUCCAGGCUCCUGCCCGAGCACCUCAGCGCUGUCCUGGAUGCUCUCAGCUGGAAGAUCCCUGAAAUCUUUUGCUGGCUCUACAAGGAGGGGAACCUCUCUGCAGAGGAGAUGGCUCAGAGCUUUCCCUGUGGCAUCGGGGCCGUGCUGGUCGUGCAGAAGGAGCUGGCCCAGCACGUUCUCCAGGACAUCCAGAGGCAGCAGGAGGCUUGGCUGAUUGGGGAGGUGGUUGCCCCUUGUCACACAGGUUCUCGCAUUGCAGUGGAGAAUCUUGCAGAGGCCCUGCAGCUGAGCAGCCCCCAGCAGCUGCUGAAGGACAGCACUGCUGAGAUCCAGCCCAGAAAGAGAAAGGUGAAGGUGGCUGUUCUUGUCUCUGGAGCAGGCACGGCGCUGUCUGCGCUCAUCGGCUCUGCCCGCGAGCCGGGCAGCUGUGCCCAGCUGGUGCUGGUCAUCUCCAACAGACCCGGCGUGGAGGAGCUGCGGAGCGCGGCCCGCGCUGGCAUUCCCACCCGGGUGAUCGAUCACAAAUUGUACGGGAGUCGCUCUGAAUUCGACAGCACCAUUGACCGAGUCCUGGAGGAAUUCUCUGUGGAGCUGAUCUGUCUGUCAGGAUUCAUGAGAGUUCUGUCCAGCCCUUUUCUCCGGAAAUGGAAAGGGAAAAUAUUGAAUGCUUCUCCAUCACUUUUUCCACUCGUCAAAGAUGGAAAUGCCCAUCAAGAGCCCCUGGAAAGUGGAUUAAAAGUUGCAGGCUGCACUGUGCAUUUUGUCCUGGAGGAGCCGAGUGCCGGGGCCGCGAUCCGCCGGGAGCCGCUGCCGGGGGAGGCGGGGGCCGCGCUGCGAGAGCGGCUGCGGGAGGCCGAGCUCCGGGCCUUCCCCCCGGCCCUGCAGCUCGUGGCCAGCGGCGCCGCCUGGCUGGGAGCCCAUGGAAGAACCUGCUGGAGGCGGGGGAGCCACAGGCUGAGCCCUGAGGAGGAGGAGCAGCAGGGACACGGAGCGUCCUCUCCCGCCGCUGCGGAGCCUCAAGAACACCAGGGGCUGUGGGCAGAUCCUUGAGGGGCUCUGCUCGUUUUCCCUCCCCUUCCCUUCUCUGUCUGCUUCUCUUGGAUGUCUCGGUAUCCCAAGUUUCCAUUCCCUGCCUCUUCCCUGAGCUCACAGCUUUCAUUGCACCCCCUUGGAAAAUCCAUGGUGGGAGCCAGGUUGGUUUUUCAGCUUUGGAAUUGCUUUGUUCUGUUUUUAAACCUGUAAAGGAGAAAAUGUGCUACAUGGAUGGGGCUGUAAAACUGAUCUGGUGCUUCCAAGGGGAAUUCAUCCUUCCAAGGGAUCCAUUUCUGUGGCAGAGCAGUGGGAGCUUCCCAAAGAAACCCCAAACAUAACCUGCUGCUGCAAGAGUGGGACAACAAAGUCAUGGAGCUGCUGGAGCCUGUCCAGAGGAGCCACGGAGCUGCUCCAGGGCUGGAGCCCUCUGGAGCCAGGCUGGGAGAGCUGGGAGUGCUCAGCUGGAGAGGAGAAGCUCCAGGGAGAGCUCAGAGCCCCUUGCAGGGCCUGAAGGGGCUCCAGGAGAGCUGGAGAGGGACUGGGGACAAGGGCUGCAGGAAUUGCCAGGAGCCAGGGAAUGGCUUCAGAGUAGGAUUUGAUGGGAUCUUGGGCAGGAAUUGUUCCCUGGCAGGGUGGGCAGGGGCUGGGAUGGAAUUGCCAGAGCAGCUGGGGCUGCCCCUGGAUCCCUGGCAGUGCCCAAGGCCAGGCUGGACAUUGGGAGCAGCUGGGACAGUGGGAGGUGUCCCUGCCAUGGCAGGGCUGGCACUGGGUGGGAUUUGAGGUCCCUCCCAACCCAAACCUUGUGUGACCCUGUGAAAUCCCCUUUCACAUCAGCCUCGCAUGGCAAAAUAUCAGAGUCUGGAUCAAGGUGCCUGUGAUGGAGAUGGGUAUUGGAUUUGGAACAGAUGCUGGCCUCUCUGGCAGUAAUCCAACUGCUCUCAUCAAUAAUUUGAUAUUGAUUCCCUGCACAGGCAGUGAUUUCACCCCUCCAAGUCUUUAUUUCCUCUGCUUUCCCUGGCUGGA